GUGAAGUGGAGCCCGACGGGACAGGGGGGCCCCCUGAGCCUUCCUGCCCCUUUAAGGGCCUCGACUUGAAGCUCUGCAAAGCGUGGGCAGCAGUACAUGGCCUGCCGCUUGUUGAAGAGGAGCCAGGAUCCAAGAAACGGCAGCGACAAGAUCCCCCUGCAUUUGGCCUGAAAGGAGCAGCAGCGUCGCUAAAGGGCGUCUCACGGCGGCGGACGGCGUUCCUGUGGGCGUACAGCCGGCGGGCGCCGCCGCACUUGGCGGCCAGCGAAGCCGCAAGGGCGCUGCUGCCCCCCGAGCCGCUGCCAGGGCCCCAGGUGACCCUGCGGGAGGCCCGCCGCCGCGUCUCCGCAGAACUCAACCAACAGGGCCUCCACCCCGCAGUCCUCGACGUCCUUUGGCAGUUCUUCACCAGCGGCAGCCAAACCUCAGUGCUGACGAAGCAGCAAGCAGCGGAAAAGAUGGACGAGCUGAUUGGGGGCCCCUGGAAGGGCCCCCGUCUUUGGCUGGAGGCCUCCGAAGUGCCCGGGCUGCUGGACCCUGGGGCCCGGGGGGCCUCCAAGUCCGAGGCCCUUCAAAUAAAAAAUAUCUUCUUCAGAGGCACCAGAAUGCUUUACCGAAACCCCGAAGCAGCAGCAGCCCCUGGCCGCCGCCCCAACCCCCGGGGCCUCCCCCCCCGCCUUUCUGUUGCAGCCCUUUGGGCCAAGUUGGGGGCUGCUGUUACCCAGCGCAUGCAAAGCUUCGACUUUGAGGCUUUGCAGGCCACAGAGGCCGCCAUCAAGGCCCGCCAAGACCACUUCUUGGCCUGUCUUCGAAAGACGAUCCAAUUCCGGCAGCAGCGGCGGCGCUUCAGCUUGGCCUCGCAGCGGCUGCUGGACACUCUGUGGCUCCCGACGCUGCACUGGCGGGAGUCCAAGAAGGCCCGCGAGGAGGCCCUCAGCGCCGAGGCCCGUCUUGUGCGCUUGCAUGCGCAGCAGCAGCACAGACACGGGCUCCCGCAGCAGCAGAACGAGCAGCAAAACGAGCCUCAGCAGCGCUGA